GCAAAGCCUGGCAUUUGAGCAAAAGUAGACAGCCUUUCCAUCUACAAGCUAUCCUUCCAAUCAGAGCUUGAAGCUCUGAAGUCACCGCAAGCUCUCACCCCCUCCCCCUCCUUCAGUUUCUCUCCAUAUAAAAAGAGGUCGGGAUUGGUUUCAGGUUAAAGUGUGACUGCAGAUUAAGCAGCAAGAGCCCAGCCAUGAAGACAUUUUGCUUAGCGCUUGCUUUGACCGUCAUCGUGGCCGCACUGUUGGCAGAUGUCAACGCCGAAUUCAAAGGACAGCAGCCAGUUGUGCCCGACUUCCCUUUCGGCCCUACUCCCCGUCCUACUCCUGGACGUCAAGGCCAGCCGUGUAGCCCCAGCGCGCCUUGCGGGAGCGGAUUGUGCUGCUUACAAUCACGCAAUGGGAAUCGUCCCUCUUCCACCUGCCAGCCUAAAGGAGGAUACGGAAUGCCGUGUUCAGAAGACUCGAUCAAGGGCGGCACCUAUACUCACCUAUGCCCGUGUCUAACAGGUUACACCUGCCCAUAUGGUCCAAACGCCAAAUGUCAAUAA